AAUGUUUUCCGUAGUGCAGUGAAUUGUGAAUUCGAAUACGCCAUGAACGAAACGGAGGCAAUUGUGAACAAUGCCAGCGAUCUGUUGUUACUAGGAGCCGAGGUUCGGAAUGUACCGCUCAAGGAAAUCGCCAAACGAUCGCUCAGCGGACUGCGCCACCAGGAGAGUGAUAUCGAGUUGUACGAGUUUCUGUUCGGGAAUGUUAUAACUUUCUUCGAGCCAAAGGAAUUUGAGGAUGAAGUGUCCUCGUUGGUGCUGCCCGAGCUGGUUCGCUUCGUGGAUAAGAUUCAGAACGAACUGCAAACCAACGCGCUGUCCUACUUCUUUGUGGAGAACCUGACGCUGCUGCAGCGAUUGGCGGAUGUUCUGGCAAAGCUGAUCGAUUACCUGCUGGCCCAGGCAGAAUCCUACCGCCUGUACCGCUCGCUCACUGUGUUUCCCGAAUAUCUUCUCCGGUGCUAUACUAUCGUACGCAAGAAUUAUGUGUCGAUGGCACAGGAAGUGGAGGUGUUGGAAGCGAUGAAAGCCCUAUACGGUGUUUGCAAGAAGAUACUCACGGCAUUCCUUGAAUUAUUGUGUCCACGCGAUACCCCUAAUCGAACCGCUGCUGGUAGCUACUUUCGCACGAUCGAGAAGGACGACGAGCGAGAAUGUCUUGAGAAAGUUUGUACAGUGUUGGCGAGUGUUGGCAAUGAAAUCAGCCCGAUCGACUCACUGCUGGCCAGUGACGUGUGGAAAAGCAUCGUUAAGCUGUGCACCGAGCAUGCGGAGGGACAACUGUGUACCGACAAGCGGCCUACCGGAUGGUUCGGGAACGUUGUCGUGAUACUGAACACCGGCGUUGAAGUUUCGUUUCAAGAACUGCAAAGCAAGAACGAAGCCUCCAAGCAGGCCACGAUUGCGCUGAAGUUGAAUGCGUUCUGCCUGCGAGUGAUGCUUAAAUUGCUAACGUUGUCCAGGCAACGGGUAUCCUCGGAUGUGUACCAGUCAAUCAUCGGGACUCUAUUGCACAUCAAAACGUGCCUUCGAACACAGACACUUACCAGUGAGUUGGUCGCAGGCAUCGAACAGUACCUGCACGUAAGCUACAUGGCUAUCGUGGAAAGCUCCCUGCGCACGGAUAUCUUUGCCAAGGCAUUGGUGAAUUGCAAAUUAAGCACGAUUGAUGAUUGUCACUCCUAUUUCAAUCUCGUGAUGCACAUCAUUGAACAGAUAGUCACCUACUCCAACGACAACAGCCUAGUGUUGCGUUAUUGCGUUGAAAAUAACUUACUCCAGAAAAUCGCCAACACAAUCGAACAUUCCGGCAAUCUGCUGCUUAGCGGAGGCACUCUCUAUCGCCAGCUUCUAGUGCACUGUUCCGCCUUGGUGCUGAUGGGCUUUCGGUUACGAAACCGUACAGCUCAACGGGCGAUCGAGGAAACACUGGUAGGCAUGGUGCUUCAGGAACGAUACUGUAUCGCACUGCUAGGUAUCGAUCUGUGGUCCGUAUUGGUGCGCUAUCAUUCCACUCAGCUAUUGUACGAAUAUUUUGUGUUUUGGAUGCGAGUAAACAACGAGUAUGCACCAUCGAGAACCAGACCGGAGCACGUGUAUGUCCGUACGCUGUUGCGCAAUCUGUACGUCUUCUUGCCGGGUGUGCAGAAGGAGAAACUGCUGACUACCUACCCCAUUCGAAACAGCGAAAACGAUCGUCUCUGGGUCACGGUAGGGCUACCCAGUACGGAUUCGGAACUUAUGGUGCAUCGGCAGCAACCCCUCGCUUCGGUGGAAGAGCGGUUGCAAACACGGUUAAAGCAAUUACAACAACCAUCUCAACACCUACCACACCGGGUUGAUGCUUUCUACGAAAUGAUGAAUCUGCUUUCAAUAGCAAAGAGCCAAGGAGGGAUAGUAAACAUGCUUCGAGAGUGGAGCUCGCUAUUCGCUUGGGAAAAGAUUCUUACUAAUCCCUGCAAAGCUUCGGCGAGGAUGCUGGAGUACCUCGAAGGGUCUCAUGUUCCUCUCGACAACAUUUUACGUCGUUGCAACUCAUUAGCAGUCAGCAGAAGCUCGACCUACGCGAAGUAUCGAAUCGUGCUUCUUUUAGAGCGAGCCAACACCCCGCCGCAAGCGGUGUUCGAAGCCCUACUCAACGAUAAGGAACCUUUAAUAGCAGCCGCAGCUUUCCAUUUGUUGCGCAAAUUGAAUUCUAAAAGACAACCGGCAGCGAUAGCGUUAAUUACAAGAGAGCCAGUGCUUCAAUCACGAUUAGCGGCCCUACAAAAGAAUCUGCCAGGAUUCCACCCUGUACUGCCCGCGGAACCUGCAGAACCCAUGGCAGCUGUACAGCAUCGCUGUCAACCUGCCAGUGCGGCGGAAUCGACAGCAGAUAUGACGCUUAUCAUUAAUAGUAAAAUAGACGAACUGUUCCCCGACGACGAUGAUGAUGAUGAGGAUGUUGAUGCGAUCGAUUUCGAUGCGCUGGCUGAAAACGUAUCUCCGAAAAGGCGCAAGCUAGACCCAAGUAGAUCAGCGAAUCGUAUUCUUGAUGAGCUGGAAACUCAAAGUGAAGAAUUAGCGAAACUUAAUCAAACUCACAAGCUAGAAAUAACGGAGCGAGCGCGAUUGACUAGGAUCAUGACGAAGAUGAAACGGCUUCUAGAAAGCGAAUGAUCUAGGGUGUAAAUGUUCAUAAUCAGUGCCGGUAUUAGUAAUAAGUAUUGUUUGUUUCGGGAUAGCUGUAAGGCUGAUAAUUGCUCCGAUAAACUUUUAACCA